AAUUGCACAAGAUCACAUUUACGCGGACAUUAGCGCAUUGUGUACUUCAAUUCGCUUGUAAAAUGGAUAAAGCUUUUGGAAUUAUUUUACUUCUUGGCUUCGCCGGUGUCGUAAACACGCAACUGCCGGGUUUACUGAAACUCACCGACAAAAUAUGCAAGAUGCUGCAGGAUUUUGUGAAGACCGCCUCGCGCGCAGGGGUGAUACCUUUUGGUGAGGAUGGGAGGACGAUAAGCUGGUCCUUUAAAGGUAUGAUGGUUGGCUUCCAUUGGAAAUACAUGGGAAUAUGCACUGACUCCAAAACGGGCCAUACUGAGACAGUGUUCAUGGAAAGCAGAGGGGGAGCCAUGGACCACUGCUUAACGAACCUCAUAGGGAGACUCAACAGAGAGGAACUUUAAUUGUUUACUAUUAUCAGGAAUGCAGACACUUGAUACAGUUCUUUAGUGAUACUGAUUUAGUUUCUUUAUACAUUCGAAUGGCAAAUGUUUUAAGACAUAUAAACAUAUAGCAAGUUUAAAAUCUUUAAUACCUACCUAGUUUCCAGCUUUGAGGUUUUCAAAAUGUGAAGAAGAAUAUUAAGAAGAAAUAACAAUCUUUGUAACAAAUGACCAGCUUAUGAAAAUGAUUUGCACUUAAUUAUGUAUUGUACUAAAUUUGAAAGUUAUGAAUCUUUUA